AUGAGUUUUUCCUCAACUGAUAGAGGCUGGUUUAGUUUCAGCAGUGAAUGUAGUAAUGAGAAGCCUAAUGAUGAAACUGAAAGCUUUAUUUCUUCUCAAAGUUUUGAAUCUUCAUUCGACGUUGAUUAUCCUAUUGACCCUUUAACCGAAACCAGAAGGAGGAAAAAGAAUAACAACGCGAAAGUAAGGAGGAUUAAACGUUACAUUUCGAAUAGUUUUAAAGAUUCUGAUUAUCAGAAGAUGACUACAACAAAAGCAUCUGUUAUAGAGAAACUGAUGCCAUGUAUGGCUGAUGGGAAAGUGAAUGAGAGUUUUGCAAUAGUGAAAAAAUCAGCAGAUCCUUAUGAAGAUUUCAAGAAUUCAAUGAAGGAAAUGAUAGUGGAAAAACAGAUGUUUGAAGCAGAGGAUUUGGAACAGCUUUUGCUUUGUUUUCUGAGUCUUAAUUCAAGACAACAUCAUGCAAUUAUAGUGGAAGCUUUCACUGAGAUUUGGGAGGAGUUGUUUGGUAAAUCGUCCAAGUCUGGAUUUAAAACUUAG